AUGCGCCCCUCCGCGCUCCGGCGCAUCACGCCCUCCAAACGAGCAUACACAACACCAUCACCAUCACCAACAUCCGCAUCCGCCGCCGCAGCCCGCCUCCUGGAAACCUUCCACGGCAAAACCCUCAUCCAGCACCAGGUCCUCGACGCAAACCAGCUCCAAAAGCUCUCCCUAACACUCAACCGCCCGACAAUCCACGCCCAAAACAUCCUCACCUCCCCGCCAGCCCCGGGCACGCCCAUCCCCCCCGGCCACCACCUCGUCUACUUCACACCAGGCGGCCUCGAAAGCGCCCUCGGCCCCGACGGCACAGACCGGACCUUCAACGCCCCCGCCCCCUUCACGCGGCGCAUGUGGGCAGGCGGGCACAUGUCCUGGACCGCCUCGCCCCUACGCGUAGGCGACCCCGUCUCCGAGCACACGCGGCUCCUCAGCGCCGCCGCCAAGACGAGCACGUCCAGCGGCCGCGAAAUGGUCCUCGUCGAGGUGGAAAAGGAGCUCCGGGGCCCGCGCGGCGCCGGCCUCGUCGACACGCGCUCGUGGAUCUUCAGAACCGACUUCCGCACCGGCUCGCCGCCGGAACCGCGCCCUCCCGCGCAGGCAUCCCUCCCCACCGCGAUAACCGACAUCCCCGGCCAGAGAGGCUUCCCCGCGCGGCAGCUCACCUGGUCGGCCGUUGGGCUGUUUCGCUUCUCGGCACUUACUUUCAACGGGCACAAGAUCCACUACGACGCAGGAUGGAGCCGCGGCGUCGAGGGCCACGCCGGCGUCGUGGUCCACGGGCCGCUGAACCUGAUCAACAUGCUCGACUACUGGGGCGACGUUCACGGCGGGGGCGCGGGCGCGUCGCCGGCGAGCGUUGCGUACCGUGCCGUGGCUCCCCUCUACGCGGGGGACACGUAUACCAUCCAGACGGGGGACGUGAGAGACGGCGUGUACGACGUGGUGGCCGACAAGGACGGGACGGUGUGUAUGAAGGCGCAGAUCGUGGCUACAUCACAUGGUCCAUAG